AUGCUCAAGAAGGCCGGUAAAGCGAACAAAGCCCAUGCGCGAACCGAUUCCGCACCACCCGUCAGCAACCCGGGUCCGCUCACACCUACCGACGAAGCCUACGAUGUCUCGGGCUUGGAGGCACAGAUCCUCAAGGCCCUAGAGAAGCUUACGCACGAUCUCAGCCAAUUGCGCAGUGGAGGAAAGACGAACCCUGAAAUCGUGGAGAACUUGAAAGUGCAAUUGGGCACGGCAGGAAACAAAGAGACCGUGAGACUGGGAGAUAUCGCACAGGUUGUGCCUAGAGGGAGAAUGUUCAAUGUCAUAUGUGGGGAAGACACGCACGUCAAGCACGUCACAAGUGCCAUCGCCGCCUCACCGCACUCGCUCACACCCCUCACACCCGAACCCUCCAACCCACUCACGAUCCAAGUCCCGCUCCCACCGCCAACGGGAGAAUCGCGUCGCGCAGCCGUUGAGUCGGCCGUCAAAGCUUCUGAGCGAGCAGACAAGCUGAUACAGCAAGGGCGUCAGGAACACAACAAGAAGCUGAGGAAAUUUGAGCUGAAUCGCGAUGUGCUGCCGGACGACCUGCAAAAGGCGAAGAAGAAGAUGGAGGAGGUGGUGAAGAAGGGACACGAGGAGGUCAAGCGCAUCAGUGACGGUGCGAAGAGGGUGCUUGAGAAUGACACUGGUACAAUCAGGCUUGGCGGAGCGGACGGUACGAAGGGCACUACAAUCAAUACAACGUCCAUAACCCGGGCUGAAGGUGUUGUGGUUACUCGCCUGCCUAUGGAAGACGACCUCGAACUACCACCUAGCACCGAGGCGAAGUCGAUCUUCCAUAUCUACGAGAAACGUAAGUGUUAUAAAAGCAUCACACCAAUUUCCGUUCCUGCAUUCGAACGAAGAUCCGGCCCGACAAUCAAAGAACAAAAGGCUCUACGCAAGGAGAAGAAAGAGCGUCAAGACGCUGGACUACCUGGUGUAGAACCAGAGGAUAAUGCUUUCUUCCUGCACCGACCAUACCUCGCCUUCCACGUGCCGCCUCACGUACUUUACACUGGCAGCAGUAAAGACACCGGGCAGCCAGCUAUCUUGAUACACGAAGGCUGUUUCUGGAAAGAGUACAAGCUCCAGCUCCUCCCAUCGACACCCGACACACUCGACCCCCGCGGCGUGGUACCAUGGCGCCACAACGGCGGCGACAAAAAAGCGCUGAAAGGCGAUCACCACAAACUCAAAGGGUACAAAGUGCGGACGUGGAGGUUGUGGGGUGAGACGGGGAAGGAAUACGUUCACUCCGUCAAAGCCAUUCGUAAGACGGGCGAAGGGCAGGAUCCCGAUGUGAUUACGACGACGAAUGGCAAGUUAGAAGAACCUGCGACAGCCGACGAAGUGGUGUAUCUACGGUGGAAGAACCCUCUGUCGCGCCAAACGAGAUGCUAUUACUUCCACUAUGCAGGUAUUGACUUCUUCUGGAAAGGAACAGGCACAGUCCGAGAAUCUCCCUACCUGCCACCGAAGGGAUAA